GGAGCCGCAGCGGGGCGGCCGGGCCUGCGGGAGGGGCCCGGGCUGCAGGUCGCCAUGGGCCUGCGCUGGGCGCCGCCGCUGCUGCUGCUGCUCGCCCUGCCGCUGGGCUGGGCCGGCCGGGGCCGAGCUCGCCACGUGCUGCUCAUCGUGGCGGACGAUGGCGGCUUUGAGAGCGGCGUGUACAACAACUCGGCCAUCAAUACCCCCAACCUGGACGCCUUGGCCAGGCGCAGCCUCAUCUUCCGGAACGCCUUCACCUCCGUCAGCAGCUGCUCCCCCAGCAGGGCCAGCAUCCUGACCGGCUUACCCCAGCACCAAAAUGGGAUGUAUGGGCUGCACCAGGACGUGCACCAUUUCAACUCCUUUGACAAGGUGCAGAGUCUUCCCCUGCUGCUCAGCCAGGCACAUAUCCGGACAGGGAUAAUUGGGAAGAAGCACAUUGGGCCAGAGACGGUUUAUCCCUUUGAUUUCGCGUAUACUGAGGAGAAUAGCUCUGUGCUGCAGGUGGGCAGAAACAUCACCCGGAUCAAACUGCUUGUCCGGAAAUUCCUGCAGAGCCAGGAUAAGAGGCCAUUCUUCUUGUACAUCGCCUUCCAUGACCCCCAUCGCUGUGGCCACUCCCAGCCCCAGUACGGGGCCUUCUGUGAGAAGUUUGGCAAUGGCGAGAGCGGCAUGGGCUGGAUCCCUGACUGGAAGCCCCAGACGUACAGCCCAGAGCAUGUGCAGCUCCCAUACUUCGUUCCAGACACUCCAGCCGCUCGCGCUGACCUGGCCGCCCAGUACACAACAAUCGGGCGCAUGGACCAAGGCAAGUACCAGCUGGGGUCGGGCAGCAGGACAUGGGGGCCUGAGCCCCCAGCGCAGGGUCUUGCUGGGUGCGGGGAGAAAAUCCUUCCUCAGCUGGGGUGGGGGCUGGGAUGGAGGCAGCCGUCCUGCUGGGUGAACGUUCAGGUGCCCCCCAGCAGCCGCACAGCUCUGCUCUUCUCUCUGCACGCAGGGAUUGGGCUGGUCCUGGAGGAGCUGCGCAGCACCGGCUUGCACAACUCCACGCUGGUGAUUUACACCUCCGACAAUGGCAUCCCCUUCCCCAGCGGCAGGACCAACCUGUACUGGUCGGGCACUGCGGAGCCCAUGCUGGUCUCCUCCCCCGAACACACCGAGCGCUGGGGGCAGGUCAGCCAGGCUUAUGCCAGCCUGUUGGAUCUCACGCCCACCAUCUUGGACUGGUUCGCCAUCCCCUAUCCCAGCUACAGCAUCUUUGGCACCAAGACAGUCCAGCUCACUGGGAAAUCACUCCUGCCAGCCCUGCUGUCAGAGCAGCCCUGGAUCACAGCCUUCAGCAGCCAGAGCCACCAUGAGGUCACCAUGUACUACCCCAUGCGGGCUAUCCAGCACCAGCAGUUCCACCUGAUCCAUAACCUCAACUUCAGGAUGCCUUUCCCUAUUGACCAGGACUUCUACCUCUCGCCAACCUUCCAGGAUCUGCUCAACCGGACCAGAGCCAGGCAGCCGACCCAUUGGAACAAGACCCUGCAUCAGUACUAUUACCGGGACCGCUGGGAGCUGUUUGACCGGAGCAGCGAUCCUACCGAGAACCGGAAUCUGGCUUCCGACUCCCAGUACGCCGAGGUCUUGGAGCUGCUCAAAGCCCAUCUGUUGAAGUGGCAGUGGGACACUAAUGACCCUUGGGUGUGUGCCCCAGAUGGCGUUUUAGAAGAAAAACUGAGCCCCCAGUGCCAGCCACUUUACAAUGAACUGUGAGUCACCACCUCACCUUGCUGGAGUCUGCAUUCCUUACACCAGCCCAGCCCCAGGUCCUGCUUGGCCCUCGGCUCCUCCCCAAAUCCUGAUGCAGCCCCAGAACCCCCAGGGAACAGCUAGCUUGUCUGCCAGAUGAGACAUCAAGUGCCUAAACAUGCAGCCCCUGGGCUCCAGGGUCCACAGAGCAACCCCACAGCCACUCCAGAGCUCCAUUCACCCGCCCUCUAGCACAGGGCGGGGCAGCAACCAGAGAUGGGCUGGUCCCACUCCCCCAUUCACACAAAUGGCAUGUGCUUUGUGUGUCAAAACAGCAUCUGCCCCUGAAGCUCAAACGGACAUUUUCCUCCUCCAGUGGGGUGUCUUUGCACCCGGCAACAGGCAGCGCUGGACUGCAGCCAACCAGAAAGCUGUCAAAUACAUGGUCUCAAUAAAGUCGCCAAGAGAACGUCCUCGGCUUACUCACAAGCUAA